ACUUUCUUUUUAAAAUAUAAAAGAAAAAAAAGGAAAACUUAUCUGCAGCCGUGGCGGCGACCGGCGAUCAAGAUGACGAUGGCGUGCAGAGCCCUAGCUCUCCAGCUCCAGCAGUUCCUCCCCUGCCCCACUCCCUCUUAUUACCUCCGCGCUGCCGCCGCCUCGGUGCCCCGGGUUAGCACCCGCCGCCGCCUCGUUUCUUCCGUCCGGUGCUGCGGUGCCGGAGAUCAGGAGGAGCCUCCACAGGACUCCGUUCUUAAGGCCACCCCCCAGGUGGCGAGCUCUCAUGGAAGGGUUCCGCUCACAACAGAUUUUAUCACGGGUAGUACCGUGACUGAUGAUGCAACCAAUGAAUGGCUUGUUCUCGAUAAAAAGGUAAAUACAUAUCCGACAGUUAGAGAAUUUACUGCAAUUGGUAUUGGAGGUGACGAUUUUGUCCAUUCAAUGGUUAUUGCCGUCGAAUCAGUACUUCAAGAGAGCAUUCCCAAGGGCCAAAUGUCCCAGAAAGUGUCUUCAAAGGGCAAGUACACUUCUGUAAAAAUUGGACCUCUUAGUGUGGUUUCCAGUGAGCAGGUCCAAGCCAUUUACAUUGCAAUGAAGAAGGAUGACAGGAUAAAAUUCUUCUUGUAAAGACGGCAACAUCGUGCAAGUGCAUGAUUCUCCUUUGCAACGCCAGUUUGAUGCCUCACAGUCGGCCUCCUUUUGUAGGACUUCAGUAAGUUGUAGACUGAAGAUGUUUUUGCUCAGCAGGAGCAUCACUGAAGAGAAAAACAAAAUUGAGUUGGGGCAUGGUACCAUAUAGCCGGAAGAACCAUGCGCCCUUGGUAAGUUUUGUCUACUUGCUUCUUCGAUUUUCUUUCGACAUGAUUGUAUGCCGGCCUCUGGCCGAUAAUAUCUUAUCUCAGUGUAACCUUAUAAUUUUGUGGAGAAAUUUAUGCUCCAACGCAAUGAGGACGGGCACUCGCCGGACAAGCGCUUCGGAAGCGAUCGCUUGGGAGCUGACUCGGAAGAUCCGGAUUCGGAGGAUCACAUGCCGAUUCCUCAUGCCGGCCCCAGACGUGCCGUAGCUGACUUGGACGAUCCGAGCCUUGAUGUGGCCCCCGUUGCUGCUUCGGUGUCAGCCGGUGAGAAGCAUGUUGCCGACACAGAGCUUUCCAGGACUAUGAAGCGGAAGAAAACCACUGGCCGGCAACCGAAGCCGAAACCCAUGGUCGUCGGGGAUGCUCUGACUGCCACUCGGUCUCAGACCUGCAUCGUGUCCGAGAUCCCAGCAAGCUCAUCUCCGCGUGCAGAGCCUUCUACCCAGGCCACGGGAGAAACCGAGACCACCGCAGAUCCGACAUCCCUCGUCCAGGAGGUCGGCCCCGGCAUCGACGCUUCAAGCAUCGCCCAAGCCGAGACGUCAGCGGCCGGGACUGCUCCUUCGUCGGCAGCGCCUAAUGCGCAAACGCGACCGUUGGCCACGGAUCCUCCUCGUCAGCCGGCAGAGCAGCCCCAACAACCUCAAACCACAGCAACGCUGCCGCCGCAGCAGCCACCACAGCCGCAACCGACACAGCUGGCGGCCGCUCAAGCGAGAAAGACUUGGAGCUCUGCCAUCCCAGCAGGACAGCAGCCUCCGAGUUCAUCCGGCUCGCCGUCUAUCCGGGGUACUCAAGGAGUUCCUCUUAGGACAACAAGCGGGCAGAGCUGGGGAUCCCUCGGCCAAUAUGCCAUGGAUUGGAACAACGUCGACAGUUAUGAGGUUAACUCCGACACAAUCCAGACGGCACAACAGAAUGCUCUGGUGGGGUCAUCACCCGUGGCGGCAACUCCAGAGUCGCUGGCGGCCCGGAUGUUCCAGGCAAGGGUUGCAUUGUUCGAGUCCAGCCGAGCUGCCGAGAGCUGUAUGAAUAAACGGAACUCGAUCUUCAAACUCCUGCUUGCGUCACACCGGAAAUUGACGGACAAGCACAAGGCUUUGGUGGCCGAGCAGCAAAGCAAGAGUGAGUACACUUCCACCGACAUAAAAACUGUGUCAAGUUACCUAUGUACUGUGAAAACUGACAUGUGCCGUCAUAAACAACCGGGGAGGACGCACAAGUGUCGGAGCUACUGACGCGCGUUGCGGAGGUGCAAGGGGAGAAAACUCAGCUAAUAGAGCAGCAUCGAGAUGAGGUGGCCCGGCUAAGGGCGCAACUCGAAGCGCAAGUCGAGGCGCAUAAGGCCGAGGUAGUUCUACUUACCUCGGCGCUCUCUGCGCAAGCCAAAGAGAAGAUCCGCCUGGAAGGCGAAGUGCAGAAAAUAUAAAGGUCUUCUCGCCGAAACCAAGACCCGAGCUGCCGCUGCUGAACAGGAGAAGGCCGAGAGCGCACAUCUACUAGGCGCGUGCACACGGGAUCUCGGCAAGAUUGAUGGAUUGCUAGCCACUGCUCAGGCCGCCGUGAUUAGAGCUCGCGGAAAGAGGGAUUCCUCCAAGGGACUGCCAUUGGAGUACGAUGUGGAGGACUAUCUCAUGAGCAUCUGGACCUGUGUCAAGCCUUUGAAGGCUUUUGGGAUUGAUAUGCUCAAUGCCGGCAUCCGCGCCUUCCAAGCUCUUUGGCCGGGAGAGGAAGCGCCGAGUGCCAUCCCGAAGUUGGCGAAGCGUCUCCUGGAGGUGGAGGACCGGCUAAGCGAGUGGCGGGAGUCGGCCGCUCGCGUCGGCGCCGACGAGGCACUGUCGUUCGUACUUUCUUGGUACGACGGCAUUAACCUCGACGUGUUGCAGUCCAUGCGCGUCGGCUCUCCCUUCCUCUCGAACCCGGAGUUGAUUGCAAAACGUCAAGAAUGGGCCUACUCCUUCAUCCAGUAUGCUGACGUGCACACUUUUGUGGAGGGUCCAAGAUCGGACGCGGACGAGGAGGCGGCUGAGGAAGAAGAAGAGGAGAUGGAUGAAGAAAUCGUGGCCGAGUCACCUUCUGCCGCGACAGAUGCUCCGAGUGCCGGCACCAAUGAUCCUGCCGCCUGAAUUCAUGCCUAUUGAUGUCGGCAAAAAAACUCUUUAAAACUGUUAGAUCCCCGGGAUGCCGGGUGCAGAUGUAAAUACUUUGAAGUACUUUACUUGCGAUGCACAAUGGUUUAAAUUGGCUUAUGCCACAUGUUAUCAAGUUCCCAACCGAGUCACCGAGUUUA